CAACUUUAGCUGUUACGGCACGGCAUUUUCAUAAUUUUUAUAAAGAAAAGUUUAAACGUUUUAGUUUGAGAAUCAACAAAAUUUAACAGUGCUUCUAAAUUAAUGUGAAUAACUGACAGUUUCACUGACAGCUGCUGAGCUUUUGGGUUUCAGUCGUUGUAAUGUAAUUUGUCCGUAUCUACUAAAAACGAUUAUGAUGUUCGUACUUGGUGUAUUUUCCGCUAAAACUAAUCUAAUCUAAUCUUAGUGUAAAAUUACUCGCAAUAGCGCCUCAUUACGAUGAAUACUUUUAUAGGAGUGAUGAUUUAGGUGUGGUGACCGAAAUGUCUAAUUCAAAGUGUAGCGAGGAGGAUGAGGCGUUUCCUUUGCACGAGUGCGUGUUCAGGGGGGACGUACGAAAGCUGUCAUCUUUGCUACGGCUGGAGGACGUGGCACGCAAGGACAAACACGGCAACUCGGCGCUACACCUGGCGGUGAUGCUGGGGCGGCGCGAGUGUGUGCAGCUGCUGCUGGCGCACGGCGCACCCGUCAAGCUCAAAAACCUCGCGGGCUGGUCGCCGCUCGCCGAGGCCAUCAGUUAUGGGGACCGCCAGACCAUAUCCUCUCUCGUACGCAAACUCAAGCAGCAGGCUCGCGAACAAAUGGAACGAAGAAGACCUGACCUCAUUAGGGCUCUAGCCCAAAUACAAGAUUUCUACAUGGAACUAAAGUGGGAUUUUCACUCAUGGGUCCCUCUCGUCUCUAGAAUUCUACCAUCUGAUGUUUGUAAAAUUUAUAAAUCUGGUUCAGGAAUUAGAUUAGACACAACAUUAGUUGAUUUCACAGAUAUGAAAUGGGAGAGAGGAGAUAUAUCAUUUAUAUUUCAAGGAGAGAAGCAACCUAGUGAAUCACUCACCGUACUGGACAACAAAGCCAAGGUGUACCAGAGAGUGCGCUAUGAGGAGACAGAAAAUGAAAUAGAAGAUGAAGUAGACAUAUUGAUGUCAAGUGAUAUUUUGGCAGCUCAAAUGUCUACUAAAGGUAUAGCGUUUUUAAGAGCACAGUCAGGCUGGAUAUUUCGUGAAGACCGAAAAGAGACUGUAGCUGGACUUUACAGAAGUGACAUUUAUACUAUUUCUGGCCUUGUCCUGGAAUCACGUAAAAGACGCGAACACUUAUCCACAGAUGAUCUUCAAAAGAAUAAAGCUAUAAUUGAGAGUCUAACAAAAGGUAAUACACAGAAUUUAGAUACUAACGGAGAACCAACAAGGCGAGCAUCUUUAAACCCACCGCCAGAGAGUGGAGUAGACUGGGAAACCUACAUCGCUGCACCUCCAGGCCAAUACCCCAGUCUGGGCAGAGAACUAGUUUAUAAAGAGUCAUCCAGAAACUUUAGAGCUACCAUUGCUAUGAGUGAUGACUUUCCUCUAAGUGUUGAUAUGUUACUGAAUGUAUUAGAAGUAAUUGCACCAUUUAAACAUUUUGCUAAGUUGCGUCAGUUUGUUGCAAUGAAGUUGCCUAAUGGAUUCCCGGUUAAAAUAGAUAUACCAAUUUUACCUACAGUUACUGCAAAAAUAACUUUUCAAAAAUUUGAGUUCCAAAAUGAUAUACCAAACGACAUGUUCAUUAUACCAGAUGAUUACAUAGAAGACCCCAUGAGGUUUCCUGAUUUAUGACGCUUUGAUAUUUUAACAUUGUUUGAAGUUAGCGAAAAGCCUGUUUGGCGGCGAGAGGUAAAACAUGGGCAUGUCUUGAGAAUGGUAAGAAGCUCAUGCUGCAAGGCUUCUGCGCAAGGGCUCAUCACUAUAGAAUUCCCAAUGUUGUUCAGCCUAGGUAGCUCAUAUUCUAGCCACUGUGUUCUCUUUGUAGAGUAACUGUUUUUAAAAACGGAGUCCAAGGUGAACCCAAAAAUAUUCACUCCUACCAAAUGUUGCAAGUCGCCUACAUUUAUGUGUAGUUCCACCUUGUGUGUGUUACUUACAUCAUUUCUUUUUUAUUUGGUAUACAUACAGUGAAGUAAAUAAAAAUAUGGGAGCACUCGGCACUCAGUUACUGAAAUAUAUGUAAUUAAGUAGCUAGCUAUAAAUAAAAGGAAAGAUUAAAAAGCAACCAUUAUAGUAUUUCAUGCUACCUACACCAAGGUGCCAUGAAGAGCUUUCUUGGUAGUCCGUCUAUUUAGGUGUCAGUAUUUAGGGAUUUGUUAUGUUACCAAUAUGUUUUGCAGUUCAGAACUUAAAUUAGUGAUACAGUACAAUCUCGCUAAUUAAGCACUAUAGCUGACACAAGAGAGCUGGUUAAGUGGAAAAUUCUGAUAAGUAUGUCAUAUAAAUAGAGUUCUUUGUUAAUUACUCCGAGUAUAAAUACACUAUACUAAAAUAAUAUAUUUAAAAAAAAUCUGCUGUGUUACGCUUUUUAGCUAUUGUAUUGCAUAGCUAUUUAUAAACAGAAGGCAGUAUGAUAAAUUAAGUGUAGAUACUAAACUUGGACAUGCAGUAAAAUCUCAAUAAUCCGGCACUUCUAUGGUCCGGUCCGGCACUUCGAUAUCCAGUAAUCCGGCACUAAAAUUGGGAUACAAAUGAACAUCCUAUAUCCUAAUUUACUAUGUGCGCUAACAUUUUACCCCUUCAAUCUCUUUAUAAAUGGCUAAGUUAGAGUAGAUUUUUAUUUUGCAUUUAGUAUUUUAGUAAAAUGUAUUUCUUCAACAUACUAAAAAACACAUCAAUAAUAUGCAGAUUUGCUCUAACUUCCAGUAAACCGCAUUUUCCAGUAAUCUGACUGUCUUGUGUCAGCAUUAGUGCCGGUUUAGUGAGAUUGUACUGUAUAGUGAUCAGUUGCACCUCUGUUUUAGUGCCACUGAAGUACCGGAUUACUGAGAUUUUACUGUAUUACUAAUUGGUACAUGAUUUGCUCAUUAAAAAAUCUAAUCAUGUGGCAGUAUACCAUCAAUUGGCCCCCUCACCUUAAAGUGCAGCCACUGAAGAUUGUGCAUAUAAAUGAAGCAUAAUAUAUGUUGAUGUUUCAUAUUCAUUACAAUACGAAUGAUUUGUGAUGAAUUUGUGCCGGCUGACAGUCUGCCAGCUGUGACAUGGUACUAGGUUGGAACUACCUAACUACACACAUACAUGAAACUACCUAAGAACCAUAUUUUUACUACUUCUACUGUACUUUUGUAUUGUAUACAACUUCACUAGGGAUGUGUUAUUUGAAUGUAGUUUUUGUUUAAAAAGUAGAGGACGUAGUAGAUGUAAUUGAAAAACAUUGUGGAUGUAAUGGAAUUAUUAGGGGAAUGAAGUAACAGAUAGAUAAUAAACAAAACAGCCUUAUUCCAAAACCUCAUUGUUAGUCGUAAUUAGACUGAACUUUACGUUUAAGGGGAUUAUAUAACAACUAAUUAUUGUAUUUGUAGAUUCAAAUUUAGAAAAAUGUAGAUUAUGAUUACAAAUAGUGUAAAAUAAAAUAAUUGGUCACUACAGGUAGAUUCACAAGUACUUUUGGGUUUUUAUUAUGUUAUUGUUUUUGUUGCUUUUUUAUAAUUAUGUAAAAGAAACUUGGGUUUCUUAUAAAUUUUCUAUACAUUUGUACCUUUAUAGAGCUUAAUACAUUAUGUAACUUACUUUUUAUGUAAUAGAUAAACACCUGCAACUUACUGAUUAUUUUUGACAUGUAUGUAGGUACUGCUGAAUACUUAAUGUGGCUUUCUAAAAUUCUAAAACACUUAACAGAAUGGUCCAUACUGCACAUGAAGCAUAAGGACCCAUCUCUGAUAGAAAGCCACAAUAUUUGUUAUUGCUUGCCAAUAGUUAGUAAAUUAAGAUGUAGGCAAUGAAUGAGUUAUGAAAUGUAAAUGUGGUUCCUUUGUUAUUUAUUACCUCAAAUAGUCAUGGCCUAUGCAUCAUUUGUACCAUUUAUAUUGACUACCAUUUACUUCAUACAUCAUCGUCAAAACCACGUUUGUUAAUUAUAUUAUACAUAUAACAAGUUUUUAAAAAUGAGCUGUGUACACCUGUUAUUUCAAAUCAGCAGCUCUAACAAGUAUACAAUCACCCUCAUCUCAUGGUGAUGCAAAUUUACUUUGUCUCAUGCAGCUUAUUGUGUCAUAGUGUGUAAUCUAUACCUAAAUCUUAUUUAUAUUAUAUUUAUAGAAUUCCU